AAAUAACUACAGAGGAAGGAAAAAAAACAACGGCUUUUUCCCUGGGUGGCGCUGGAAUGCUAGGGAUUUGUUCGACUGAUUUAAGAAAUGCAGGUAUCAGCCUAAAGAGCCAUCUGUACAAAGAACACAUUGAUAAAAAGUAAGUUUUAUAGGAUCUCUUAUGAAUAAUUAUUAAAGAGUAAUUUUGAACAUCUGAUAAACGCUAUAUUAAAGUUAAAGAAAUGGCAAAAGUUCAAAGUUCAAAUUACAAACAGUAGAGCGAAGACGUUCACGGAUUAUGAGGCCGUCAAGUUUGGUUAUUUGAAAACUCCGGUUUAUCGAACGUUGUACACCACGCCGUAAUGUUGUUAUAGUAGGCAGUGUAUGGCAAAGGAAUAGUCAAAUCAGAAUGAACCGACAGCUACAUACAAUAUUUUUACUUGCUGGCAAUGGUCAGACUUGAAAAAACUCUAAAUUCUGAAUAACAUUUGUGAAAGAAAAAAUUGUUAAAAAACCAGAAAAUGACCCUUUUGACUAAAUCCACAACUCGGACAUAGGAGAGUAUGACUCUAACAAAAUCUAACGGCCUGGAUAUUGCUAUCAGAGACAGAGAAAAGCCGUUUUCUUAACAGUCGAGGUUUUUUUAAAAAUUCUCUCUAAGACAAUGGCGUAUUUAGGGUUGCUGGUAGUAGGUGCCACCCAGGGCUGGCAAAGAUUUUCGGCGCCCCCUUCCAUGAGAAAACUUGGAAGUUGGUCAUGAAAUAUCGCCCCAUAAAAUAAAAAUAAAAAAGGGGCCGCACGGGGCGGGCCAUACCCUUAACACCCCCCCCCCACCUUUUCUACGCAACUGCUCGAUAAGCUUUAUUAUUAUUAUUAUUGUUAUAAGGUUUGCCAAUAAUCGUAUUUCACGUGAGGCAGAUGUGCUGUGAAGUCUCUGGUGUUUUCAAUACAUGAGAACAGAUCAAUAGGAUCAUUUUGAAAAUUUCACAAUUAAUGUAUUAAAAUUGAUCACUCUUCAUUUCAUACCCACAACCCCCCUUUUUUUUUUGACGUUUAAAGGAAAAAUGUUAACUUCAUUUCAUUUAUGCCCCACAUUUAUAAUAACUGAAGCAUUCGACCCUCUCUCUCGCCCUCUCCCCCUCCCUCUCCACCCCCCCCCUUCUCUCUCUAUGUCAAACUUGGAAAUUAUUUGUUUUUUUAAUGGAGAUAAAAACGAAAAUAGUUCAAAUCUAAAUAUUUUUAGUUUAUUUCUGUAUAAAAAAUUAAUUAAGUACCGGGCGAUUUUUCGCACUGUCUCCCCUCUCCCCUAAAUAGUAUGGCAUCACAAGAGCUCAACAGUGAUUUUUAUUGUAAUUCACACUUGUAGAGUCUGAAAAUUUGAUCUAAAAUGUCCUUAUUUCCAACAGAAACACAGCCUGAUUUUCAAGAUGGAAUUGUUGGGUGAGACAAGGAAAAGCACCUACAUAACAAUACAAGCAGACAAAGAUUCAAAACAUUUAAGACCUACAAGGUACUCGAGGGAUGAGUUUAACAUGGACAAUUAUGACCUGUCUGGUACUUGGGGGAUGAGUUUAACAUGGAUACUUAUGACCUGUCUGGUACUCGGGGGAUGAGUUUAACAUGGAUAAUUAUGACCUGUCUGGUACUCGGGGGAUGAGUUUAACAUGGAUAAUUAUGACCUGUCUGGUACUCGGGGGAUGAGUUUAACAUGGACAAUUAUGACCUGUCUGGUACUCGAGGGAUGCGUUUAACAUGGACAAUUAUGACCUGUCUGGUACUCGAGGGAUGAGUUUAACAUGGACAAUUAUGACCUGUCUGGUACUCGGGGGAUGAGUUUAACAUGGACAAUUAUGACCUGUCUGGUACUCGAGGGAUGAGUUUAACAUGGACAAUUAUGACCUGUCUGGUACUCGAGGGAUGAGUUUAACAUGGACAAUUAUGACCUGUCUGGUACUUGGGGGAUGAGUUUAACAUGGACAAUUAUGACCUGUCUGGUACUCGAGGGAUGAGUUUAACAUGGACAAUUAUGACCUGUCUGGUACUCGAGGGAUGAGUUUAACAUGGACAAUUAUGACCUGUCUGGUACUUGGGGGAUGAGUUUAACAUGGACAAUUAUGACCUGUCUGGUACUCGAGGGAUGAGUUUAACAUGGACAAUUAUGACCUGUCUGGUACUCGAGGGAUGAGUUUAACAUGGAUAAUUAUGACCUGUCUGGUACUUGGGGGAUGAGUUUAACAUGGAUAAUUAUGACCUGUCUGGUACUCGAGGGAUGAGUUUAACAUGGAUAAUUAUGACCUGUCUGGUACUCGGGGGAUGAGUUUAACAUGGACCAUUAUCACCUGUCUGGUACUUGGAGUUUAGUUAAAACAUGGUUCAUCGUGACCUGCCUGAUACUUGGAGUUAAGUUAAAACAUAAUUCAUUGUGGCCUGCCUGGUUCUUGUAGUUUAGUUAAACCAUGGUUUAGUAGUUGUUGUUUAUUAAUAAUUGAUGCUUUAGAUUUUUGUUUAAAGGAAAGAAAAAAAAAAAAAGGAUUCGUUACCACGUUACCACCGAAUAUAAAAUAUCCAAGGCUGGGGUACCGCGCUGAAUAAGACCACUAUAAUAAUACUAUUACAGAAAAAAAUUUUUUUUAGUCUUUUGAAACUUUAUUCAUAUUUGUAUUGUGAUCGUUUGUUUUCUUUCUAGAGAUGGAGCAGAAGAUUUCUUAUGCCCCAGAAAUGACAUCGGUCAGUUCAACGUGCCGUGGAGACAAGCUACGUACGGGAUUAGGGAACUCCCGAACACCACAAACAACCCGCAGGCGUCAUGGGGCAUCAUCCAUCAGACACCAAAUACGGCACAAGCGGCCCCUCAGGAAUCUGAUCGCCCGCCGUGCUACUCGCAGAGGCAACAGGGAAACAACAUAUUCUACCCGUACAGCCGCACGCAGCUCGUGGGAGGGAAGCUCACUAAUCUGCCCGAUACAACCAAUCGAAGGCUCCCACCGCUGCUGGACACGUGCGAUUAUAGAUACCAGCAGCCCUCGACAAAUUCCGCGGCGCAGGCCACCAACACCACCAACACAACCACGUCCACAGGCCUGUGCCGUGACCCGAACCUUCCGAUGACCCCGGCGCUGGGGCGCAGUGCCCAGUUAGAGGCCGUAGCCCGGUCGUACGGGGACGGGAACAAGCUCGACCCCAACUGCCUGUCGGCCAUGUGCAACCCGCCGCCGCUCGUGUCUCACGUCAGCAUCGAGGAGCAGACGGAGAAAGAGAAUGAAACCUUCAGAAAGAACAAAUACAACUCGCCAAUGUCGCACUUCGCCACGGAUGAGAGGUUGUUAAAAAACUCAAUGAGGACGUAUCUUCAAGACAUCACCUUCCAGAAAGAGCGCGGCCAGUUCACCGACCCGAAGAGGUUCCUCGACGAAGGCGACAAGGAAUGGAGCUACCUGAUGCAGCUUAACGGACAAACAGCCCAGCCGGCUGACGUGAGAGCCGAGAGUGCGCUGGUCAAGUCAAACUGUGUUCGAGUCCCGGAUGGUCUCGGGGGAUACUGUUACAUAUGCCCGAAAGUGCGCGUAGAGAGGCAAGAGAUCAGCAGCACAGAUCCCAUAUGCAACACCUACACGCCGUCCACACGAACCAUGGCUAUCAGCGGCCAGAAGGUAAUUGAUAAUGAAAUCAACGCUACCAUAAGACAAAUCCAGGAAGUGUCCAAUGACAGGUAAGGAGAAGUGUUUGAUCGCAAGUAUUCAAAGUAGUACACUCUCUGUUACUUAUUCUGGUAACACAAAGUAAACUGCAUUCGAUAGGCACGCAGGAACUAAGAAGAAUUUUUUUUUCGCUGUAAUUGAACGUUAAUCUACAUUCAGUGUAGUCACAAUCCCACAUCACACUUGGAUAGACGGGUUUGAUGCGCUGCCUGUGGUCGUGUUUUGGAAAUGCACCUAUGAGUAUGAGAAGAGUAAGGUGAUCCCGACAUAGUGUCUAGUGUUCCCUAAGAUACAAAUGCAACAACUCUUUCCUAUAAAUAUGGUUUCACCACCGCAUGGACCAGGGAUUGUGGGUGUAGUGGUGUAGUGGUGUAGUGGUCGCUGAGGGCAUAAGCCAAGGUGCCGUGUUAUUCCAAAGACUGACAGACGGAAUAGGAAAUUCAGAGAUUUUUUAAUAGCGAAUUCGAGAAGCCCAAAGUAAUUUGUAACAUCUAAUUUUAACAAUGUUUACUUUCAGGUCAACUUGCGUUUUGUAUAUUCCAUCCAUUAUUUUGGAAGUGGGUAUUGAUAGCCUUAACUCGUGUUGCCAACAUUGAGUAAUUGAGAGGAGGAGUUUACUUUCCCCUCCCCCACACAAAAAAUAAUAUAUAUAUAUAUAUAUAUAUAUAUAUAUAUAUAUUAUUUAUUUAUUUAUUGCAUAUAUAUAUAUGCAGAAAUUUGUACCUUGGCAAGUCAAGGAGAAGUGAAAAUCUUGACCUGGUGCGCAAAACUCAACACUAACGUUUGCAUCAGUAUAAUUCCAAUUUAGCUUUUAGUACUAUUUUUAUGAGGCGAACUUGCAUUACGGUCAUAAAUUAUAAAGGGUUCUUUAACGCCUCUGUAUCAAUUCUAGGUUUGACGUUUACACUCUUAUGUGUGUAUAUAUAUAUAUAUAUAUAUGUGUGUGUGUGUGUGUCUAAUUCUCAGAGAAGCUUUAUAUGAGAAGCUGAUGAACACAGAGAAGCCCCUGCAUGAGAUCAAAGAAAAACUUUACAGCCAACCAUAUAAUGAACGCCGUCAAAGUACUGACCUUAUCAACGAGGUGAUGUCACAACGUCAUACUAACUAAUACAUACACCUAUGCAAAUGUGCCAAAAAAGGGAUAUGUAAGCUUAUUUUGUGCAAGGAAACGACCUUCAUUAUAAUAUGAUGAUACUAUUAUCAAACCAGGAGCCUAUUUGCAGACGCAUUCAUUUGGUCUUUUUGACGUGGAAGAAGACGGGAGUGUGAGCGAGUCUUAAAUAAUUAUAAAAUGGCUUGGUCGUAUAUCGAACUCCGUACUAAUUAAUUUGCCUCAUUUCUCAUUGUGCGCUGUCACCAACUAGAAAUAAUUCAAUAGCCCCAUUGCACACUCAGAGUUAACGAAAUUCGUGUUCUCUCUAUUCCUCUAAACCAAAUAGUCAAAGAAGGCGUGUUUAUUUUAUUGAAACUACGAGAAAAGUUUGAAAGUAAAAAAUCGCUCUGUUUUUCGCUGACGGGAAUAAGGAAUAUAUGCCACACUUUUGUAGUUAAUGUGUCAAGUAAUCGCUGUUCCAGGCUAUCUAUUAAGUACUUGUAAAAAUAAAGUGCUAAGAGCUCAUUACAGAGCUUUAAAUUAUUACACGCCACUGAACCAAAGUAAACCACCCUUUCACAUUGUUUUUCUUUCUUAUAUUCGUUCAGCUCACUGCAUUGGAAAAAAGCCAGACUAAUCUUGUGCAAGGCAUUCGAACCCGAGGCCGGGAGCUUUCUCAUUUAUUGAAACAUCAGUACGCGUUAGAAUGUAAACAAGCCAAUCAGAUUCUUGAGGACGCCAAGCUGAAAACGAGAGAGGACCCAUCAAAUCACAAUCUAGAAGACACACAGUCGCGCAAUCAUUAACUUGACCAUAUAAAAAUAAUCAUUUAAAUUUGAAAAAAAAUAAAACUAAAAUAAAUUCCAGCUAAAAGACUACAUCACACAACAAACACACAUGGAGAAAUAACAGGUUUAAACAUUCUGUUCCAUAAAUAUUGGGAAUGUAAAUAAAG